AUGACUGAAGAUAGAAUAAUGACUAAUCUCAAUUAUAGGCUCUUAAAUUUCCACUCUAAAAUUAUUGAUGAUAUUUUCAAAGAACUCAAGUGGAACCGAAACGUAACUGAUCUAGAAAAGGCCUAAAACAUUUAACUCCUUUGGAUGUGCCGAUAAGUACAUAAUAUAGAUAUUGUCACUAUGAAUCCUGAAUAUAUGAUGAGUGUCAGAGAAUUUCAAAAGCGUGUAUCAUUAAUCUAAGGAAAAAGAUAAAGAGAUUUCUGCCUUAAGAGAUAUGAUUUCCCAGACUAAGUCAAAAAGAUGUAAGAGGAUAUCAAUAAUUACGAGAAAAAUGAUGAUAUUAAAUACUUGUUUGUAUUCAGUGAUAGACAGAUGAAAUCUUAGUCCUAUAUUGAUUUGAACACCAAGGAUUCAGAGUCAAUGUUAAAAAAUUUGGAGUAAGCAGACUAAUUGAAUCUAUGUUUUAUACAUUCAACAGUAAAAAACAGCUUAAUCAUUUAUGGAAAUAAGGUUAAGCUACAGUUUUACGCGUUAAUAAACAAUUUUGAGAGGUUAAAUAUCUAAGUUUUCAGUGAAACUUUUGUUAAACUUUUCAGUGGAUACCUUUUCGUAGAUUAAGAACGUUCUUCUAAGGCUCAGCUAAGCAUGACUGAGUUUUUCCGGCUACUAGAAGAAAGAGGUCACACAAAGCACAAAAUAAAUUAAAUUUGGGACAGAUGCUGUAAAUUGAUUUUGCUCUAAAUAUUCUCAAUCUUCGAUUAGAUGUACCUCCUUAGCCUAAACACAUUCUAAAUAGUCUAGUUUGAAUUUGAAAUAACUCAAGAUUUAGAGGUAUAUUGCAGCCGAAUAAAGGUUGAUCAUAAAUUUCCAAAAAGAGGUAAUCAUCUCGACAUCUUUAAGCGAGUGAUGUUAAAAGAGAUAUUAGUGAAUAUUAAAAGAAAAAUAUUGAAAUAGCAGAUACUGAACUAGUUAAAAUAAAGUAUGAAUACACCUAAGUUUCUAUAUCUACUUAAGAGAAUGAAAAAUGAUCCAAACCUAUCCAAAUCUAGCUCUAAAUUUGACAAUUCUAUUGAUGUCUUGCUAAAAGAAGACUAUACUAAGCCUAAAAUGAGGGAAAGAACAGUCAGAAAUAUAAGUGAAGAACUUUUUAGUAAAAUUAGAAGUCAAUAGAAUCUAAUUAAAUCUGGAAGCACUAAGUGUACAAAUUUUGACUUGCUUUUACAGCCAGUAAAAGUAGAGAAAACAUUGAUCCCUAUAUUUUAUCAUUACAAAAGAGGAAAAAUUGAUUUGAUGAAUGCAUUUCUCUAGAAAGCUAGUAUAGAUCAGCCAAUAAGUCAUAGAAAGUAUCAAGAAUAUUUGAAUAAAUGGAGUAUUCAAAAUCAUAAGGAAUAUGUUGAGCUUGGAUAACAAGACAUUUUUAGGAGAGAAAACCAGAAUGAUAUUAUCAUAAAUAAGGGAAAAAUUAUUAAAGGUCAAAAUAACUAGGAAUAUUUAGCCAAUUAUGAGGAGGAAAAAGAUCCACAUAAAGUCCUUAAAGCCUUGCUUGAACAAUCAUAAGUAUAUUCUUUCUUGCAACUACUCUCAUACACAAAGAGGUUCUCUGAAAAUCAGCUUUAAUAUUCUUUGUUUGAAAUCUUCAGAGACUCAAAGCUGAAUCCACAGAUUUUCUCCUACCAAUGUACUAUUCUAACAAUUGUAAACCCUUAGGAUGAAAAAAUUAAAGAAGAAUUUACAAUGCUUCUCUAAUAUAUCAAAGAAAAAUACGAUAAUACAGCAAAUGCCAAAGCAUAAUUACUUGAGGGAUAAGUAAAUGUUCAAGAUAAAUCUAAUAAACUUAUAAAGAUAUUCCUUAAAAAACUAAGAAAAAUACUAAUUUUGCAAGAAUCUUCAAAACUGCAAUAGUACCGGACAAGAUUUAAGAAUAUUGAGAUAAAAAAGUGUAGAUCAUAACGAUAGUUUUCUUAUGUCAGAAAAUAGAACAUUAGCUUAAAAGAUACUGUUUAGACAUUAGAUCAGUAUCUUUUUGGGGCUUCUUAGCCAAAAUAAGUAUAAGGUAGCACUCAACUAGUAAGAAAAUUCGUAAGCGGUAAUUCAACAGCUAGAUUAUAUAAAAUUACUGCCGCAAAUAGAAAGACAUUAGCUCAACAUGAGAAUGAUCCCCAAAGUACAAUGACUCUUGCAGACUAUGAGAUAGAUUCAAAUAAAGUAUAAGGCGAUUAAAAAGAAGUUCCUGCUAACUAGAUCAAAGAAAAAUUCUCUGAUAUGAUCAACCAUAUGUAAGAUGAAACAAGUAUCAGGGAGGCAGUUUUAUCAAGCAGAGGAAGAGAGUCUUUAAUGACUCCAUAAUCAAGAAACUCAUUUUUGUAUGUGAAAUCUCCUAAUGAAUCACAUAGAGCAUAAACUCCAAAAGUGGUAACCAGCAAUGAAAAAAGAUGCAGUAGCGUUAUGAGUAAGAGACUUAAGAGUGUUGUAGCUAGAGAGCCUAACUAGUAUAGUGUAAAUUAUCUUGGCUAACUCAAAGAAAGAAGGAGGAGAGCUGAGUAAGCAAGGUUAGCUAAAGAGGAAAUAAGUCCUGAUAAUCAUGUAAGUUAGUCAGCCCUUCAGCCAGGAUUCUUCUCAUCUAGGAGGCAAUAAAAAUUAGAAGAAGAGUAAAAGCAGAUUAAGAUGCUAAAGAAAAGAAUAGCCGAAGGUUUAAAUAAUAAAAUGAAAAGGAACGCCAAGUAAAAUUAGAUUGAAUAGGAACUCAUAAACGAUAAUGGAAUAGCAUUAAAGUUAGAAGAUGAUGAGUCGAAUCUAGAAUAUAGCUUAUAGGAAUUAGAGGUUGAAUCUUUAAGAAUAAACAGCAAAAAACUUAGAGAAAAAUACAUAGAGAAAGUAAUAGAUAUUCAUCGCACCUACAAAUAGUAAAAUACCUAUAUGAUUAGAAUUUUCCCAUUCAAUGAAGAGUCCAGAAAUUUAGUCUCAAAGAUCAAAUACUCCUAAGUACUCAUCCAAGAAGAUGAGGAAAAAGAAGAAGAGGAGUACUUCUAAAAGAAAAAGCCUCAAAGAGUUUUCCAAUUGUAAAAUAGAGAUUAAAUAAAGAAUGCUUUUGCCAAAAUGGUUGCAUCUAACUUUGAUGACUAUAUCUUUAUUAGAGACACCAAUACUGAUAUUCUCAAUUGUACCGCCACUGACAAUAAAGAGUAACAUGAUUGA